AGUCUUUCACUGAUCUUGGCUUGAGAAAAGGCAAAUAACAUUUUGCAAAAAUUGUAUUUAAUUGUUGGAGAAAUAAAAGAAUAGAAUCUUCUGUUUGCUUAUUUAUAGACAUUAAAUAAAAUGUUGGACUUUUUUUUACAUUUCAAAUUUUAAAGCUAACCUUAUAUUGUGAAUGUUAAUGUGUCCACAAAUACGUACAUACAUUAAUCACAUUAUCUUUUCAAUUAACGGUAAAGAUAACCCCGAAGCAACUUUGCAGCACACUCAAAGGUGCAAAAUAUUCCAUGGCCGAACUAAACAAUGGUCUACAUAUUUUUAUUCAUAAACAAAUAACUAGGUUUUAUCAUAAUUAUUGGGUUUUUUGUGAUUAAAUUGGUGUUAUAAAAUAAGUUCUUGAUUUUAUUUAUUUUACGUAACUAAUGAAUCAUAAGGGGGAAAGUGAGUGCAAAUGGUUUAAAGCUUUUCCUUUAUUAAUCAAUGCUACACCCAACAAUAUUAUCACUUCAAAGUGACAAUGCCUUCAAUCCUAAAUAUGUACAUAUGUACAUAUGUAAAAAAUUUCGAACAAAUAGUCGAUUAGUCAUAAUAGUAAACCACCUUAAAUCACUCCAAUUCCUGUAUGAUAAUAAAUGUAUGUAUGUAUAAUAUAUAUUUUAAUAACAGCUCAGCCUAUGUGCACCUGAAAUUAUAAUUAGAGCCUGUUAAGCUCCCAGCGAUUCAUCAUGAGUACGUUUCUCCAAGCCGAAUAUACGGAAAUGUUCCGGUUUCCCGUUUCCAACGUUUUUCCCGAGUUCGUUUGCCACAAAUUUUAGGGUUUAGGUCGGUAAAUGCUUGGCAAACAAUAAAUAGAUAAUUAUUUUUGUAACUUGUAGGUGUAAUUGUAGUGUCCUAAAGUUGUCCUUACUGUGUAAGACACAACUUAAAUAUAUAUAGAAAGUAAAAACCAGAACAGACCUGAUAGUGAUGAAAAAAAUAAAAAGACUAAACAUUGUGGUGCCCAUUUGGCUGUAUAAGUACCAGCCAUUGCUGCUCCCAGUCAGUUUUCGUUCUCGCCUGAAGGUAACAACACGUUAGCGCAUUUAGACAUGGAUUUCUACUACAUGCCAGGUAGCGGUGGAUGCCGUACGGUCAUCAUGGUGGCCAAGGCUCUGGGACUCGAGCUGAACAAGAAACUGGUGAACACCAUGGAGGGCGAUCAGCUGAAGCCGGAGUUCGUGAAGCUGAACCCCCAGCACACCAUCCCCACCCUGGUGGACAAUGGAUUCUCUGUUUGGGAAUCGCGUGCCAUCGCCGUUUAUCUGGUGGAGAAGUACGGCAAGGAUGACUCCCUCUUCCCCAAGGAUCCCAAGAUGCAGGCCGUGGUCAACCAGCGCCUGUACUUCGACAUGGGCACUCUGACCGAUGCCUUUGCCAAGUACUACUAUCCCCUUUUCCGCACCGGAAAGCCGGGCACCGAAGAGGACUUCAAGAAAAUCGAUACCGCCUUUGGGUUCCUGGACACCUUCCUGGAGGGACAGGACUACGUGGCCGGAGACCAGCUCACCGUGGCCGAUAUUGCCAUCCUGGCCAAUGUCUCCACUUUCGAGAUUAUUGACUACGACUUCAGCAAGCACACCAAUGUGGUCAGGUGGUACGCCAACGCCAAGAAGGUGACUCCCGGAUGGGAUGAGAACUGGGAGGGUCUGCAGCAGAUGAAGGCUUUCUUCGAGUCCCGUCACGAUACGAUCGCAGUCUUUAAGAUGGAUCUAUACUACCUGCCCCUGGUCAGCGCAUGUCGCUCCGUUCUCAUGGUAGCCAAGGCGCUGAAUCUUGACCUGAACAAGAAGCUAUUGAACACCCUGAACAAAGAGCAGCUGAACCCGGAUUUCAUCAAGAUCAACCCCCAGCACACCAUUCCCACGUUGGUGGACAAUGGCUUCGUCAUCUGGGAGUCGCGUGCCGUCGCCGUUUACCUGAUUGAGCAGUACGCCAAGGACGACUCCCUGUACCCCAAGGAUCCCAAGAAGCAGGCCGUGAUCAACCAGCGCCUCUAUUUCGACAUGGGCUCCAUGUAUCCGUCGUUGGCCAACUACUACUACAAGGUGUUCAUCACCGGCCAGUACGGCAGUGAAGAGGAAUUUAAGAAGGUCCAGGAAGCCUUUGAUUUCCUGAACACCUUCCUGGAGGGCCAGGAGUUCGUGGCUGGUGACCAGUACACCGUGGCCGACAUCGCCAUUCUCGCCAGUGUCUCCACUUUCGAUGCCCUCGAGUUCGACCUCAGCACGUACCCGAAUGUGGCCAGGUGGUACGCCAAUGCCAAGAAGAUUACUCCUGGCUGGGAGGAAAACUGGGCCGGCGCACAGGAUGUGAAGAAGGUAGUCGAUGAGAAAAAGAAUGCAGCAAAAUAGUGUAAUUGUCUUCCUCAAUCAUGAAUUUUUCAUAUUUUUAUAUUUAAAAUAAAUAAUUAUUGUUAUUUGCCUAUAAAUGUGGAAUUGCUUUAAAUAUUUUUAAAUAUUUUUUAAGGUCAAAAAAUUUGUAUUAUAAACUUGAACCCAUCGUCGGGAUGCAGUCAUAAUAAUUGUAUAAUCACAGAGCUUAAGCACAGAGGAUUGAUAA